AUGCCGGAAAAUACAAAUCUUAUACGGUGUUAUAAUCGGGGUUGUGGUCAGCUUUUCGAUCCCAAUGAUAAUGAUAAAGAUACGUGCUGUCAUCACCCUGGUGCACCUGUUUUCCAUGACGCAUAUAAAGGAUGGUCCUGUUGUAAUAAGAAAAGCGUUGAUUUUACAGAGUUUUUGAAUAUACAAGGAUGUACAUUAUCUAAACAUAAUAGUGUGAAACCUGUGGAACCAGAGAAAAAGGCUUUGGAUAAAGAUUUGGAGCAAAAACAAGUGAUAGAAGUAAGGGCCCCAAUUGUUGGACCACGACUGCCCAGGCCUCCAUUUGACACACCAGUUGUUACCUUAAAACCAAAUGUUGCGGAAUCUUUAAAGCAAACUGUUCUUAAUACUUCACAACAAGCUGCUGUUAUUACUGAUGGGACAAUAGCAAUUGGCACAAUAUGCAAGAAUGGUGGAUGUAGUGCAGCAUAUGAAGGCCCCCAAACUAAUGACAGUAUAUGCACAUACCACCCUGGCCUUCCAGUGUUUCAUGAAGGGCUUAAAUUUUGGACUUGUUGUCAAAAAAGGACUACUGACUUUAAUACCUUCUUAAGUCAACCAGGUUGCACAACUGGUACUCACAAAUGGAUUAAAGAGGCUGCUGCUGCUGGCACCAUAAAAUGUCGCUGGGACUGGCACCAGACACCAGAAUAUGUAAUAGUCAGUGUCUACGCUAAAAAGUAUGAUCCUACAACAAGUUUUGUAAAAUUGAAUCCAAUUCGGCUUAAUGUAAAGCUCUUUUUCUGUGAAGAGGGAAAUGCUUCUUUUGAGUUAGACCUUGAACUAAGAGGGGUCAUAGAUUUGGACAAAAGUAGCGCAUCAAUGUUGGGUACUAAGGUUGAGGUUAAACUAAAGAAAGCUGAACCUGGUGCUUGGAGUAAAUUAGAUUUCCCACGAGCCCCACCUCAAGUUGAACAAAAGGAAACACCUCAACCACAAGUUGAAGAAGAUGACUUAGUGGAUCUAUCAACAGUUGAAGCAAUUAAUUCAAUCGGCCAAAUCAAUAUGUCGGGCUAA